AGUUCACAAGCCUCACCUGUUGUCUGGUGACGUGAGCUCCACCAUUGAUUAAACUUUGUGUGGGUGGCCUUUACACCAACCAUACACACAAAUACACACCCCUCCCCAUUCAACAAGGACCAGGAGACCCUUUACCUCAAUCACACCCUGAGGCCUUGAGACUCGGAGCUCCAUACCUCAUGCAUCUAUAAAAAGAGCUUUCCUCCUCUUAAGGAAGCAACGGCAGACCCACUCCUAUUGAGCAUUUCAUCACAGAGCGGAGAGAGAAAGCAAGAGACGAGGAGAGGGAUCACAGUUAAAAGUCGCCACUGUGGAAAAUCUGUGGACAAACAGAGGGAGAAAAACAAGAAGGGAGGAAAAGAAAGCAUUUGGAAAAGGUUGAAGAUGGUGUGUCUAUGUUGGCUCUUAGUGGUGGUGAUGGCAUAUGUGUGCGUACCCGGGUUUGGGUCGGUGUGCUGGGACAGCUCCAUCUGCAACGACCUGAGCAACAAGGGAAGGAUACUGGACUGUAUUCGCUUCUGCAUGUCUGUGAUCAAGACUGAAAUACCAGACCUCCGUGCAUUGGCCCUGGAGGGUAACAAUGACGAAGACCUCUUACUCAGUAUCCUUCUGGCCACCAUGGUACCUGAAAACAAGAUGUCAGAGUCAGAUCUGAAAUCCCACAGCGACCAGCGACGCUCCUAUUCAAUGGAGCAUUUCCGUUGGGGCAAACCUUCUGGCCGUAAACGCCGGCCUGUGAAGGUUUUCGCUUCUUCUCUGGAGGGAGGGGGAUCUCCUGAGAGCAUUUUCCCCUUUCAGGCUCGCAGGCAGCUGAGUGGUAAUGAGGAUGAAACAAAGGUGGACCUGAAUGGAGAUCAUAAUCAGCUGAGGGCGAAGGUCAGCUCUAGAUCACGUGUCCAGUUGAACCCACAGGAGAGAAAAGAUGGGACCUAUCGGAUGAGUCACUUCAGAUGGGGGAGCCCACCUGUCUCUAAACGUAAUGGCAACUUUAUGAAGACAUGGGAGGAGAAACCUCAGAAUCAGCUGGCCACCCUCUUCAGGAACAUUAUAGUCAAGGAUGUGCAGAGGAUAAUGGGAUGAAUGAAGGGUGAAGAAGAGGGAAAGACCUGAGUAGUUGAAAGAGUCAAAUAGCCAUUGCAUGUUAGUACCCAAAGGUCUUAAUUUUAAAUUCCAGAAACUUGUUACUAUCAUUAGCAUGUUGUUUAAUGUCUUUUCUGGGCCAAAGGUUUGUCUUAUUAAAACCUUAAUAAGAAAAAAAGGCGGUUUUAUGUUAAAUAAAAACAGUUAUGUUGAAUAAAAGACCUCCUUUGUCUUUAAAGCUUUCUUUGUGUUUUUUUUGUUCAGAGAAUUAUGUUGUUGAUCCAACUGUUUUGUAAAAGGAAAAAGAGAGAAUGUCAUUACAGGGCGAGAGGUGAUG